AUGUCAAAGAUAAACCAUAAUCUUGAAGAAAAUCGUGAUAAUCAAAGAUUUUCAGCUUGCAAAAGGAAAGAAGAGCAGCAAGUUCAGUCGAACCAACCGCCGGCGCCGAAAAAGCCCCGACUUGUCUUCACUGACAUUCAACGCCGCACUUUACAGGUACUGCUUGAUUUUUAAAAGAUCUCAACCUGUAUCAUAUUUUCUUCUACUCAAUGUUUUCAGUAGUUGUAAUAAAAUAACUUUGUUUUUUUUUUAUUCUAACCCGAUUUUCAGGCCAUUUUCAAAGAGACGAAACGACCCUCCCGCGACAUGCAACAAACCAUCAGCCAGCAAUUGAAUCUCGAUCCAACCACUGUAAAAAAACCGAAAAUUUACGAAGCGAAGAAGAUAUUUUUCAGGUGGCCAACUUCUUCAUGAACGCACGACGACGCGGUCACGACCUCAAGUCGGACGAGGAGGAGGCCAACAAAAUCGACAGCGUUUCCGCCGUCUUCGACGAUCUGGAAGAAGAGGUCCGUCAGUCUAUUUUUUCGUUUUGAAGGAUUAAUCAAUAUUCUGAUCAAUUCCAAAAUGGGCAAGUGUUGAGUUUUCAUGAAAGAUUAGAUCCUGAUCAGAACCUUGUGAUAUAUUUCCUUUCAAAUAUCAACAUUACAUCUAAUUUCAAAUGAUUGUUUUAUUAAUUAAUUCCUACAUUAUUUUUUGAAUUAUUGACUCGCCAAGGCGAAUUAGGCUCCUUAUUUUGUGAAAAAAAUGUUCGCAAAACGCAAACUCAAGAUUUAAAAAAAUAUAUUCUAGCAGAAAAAGGUAGACUGGUACUCUAAAAAAUACAAUUCUCUAUUUUUCAACCGGAAAAUUUCUCUCUCAAAACACUAUAUUACAGGGAAUCCUCGAGCCGGAGCCCGUCCAUCAAAAUCCUUCUAUUUUCGAGCAGUUGUGA